AUGUCGCAACCAAAGGGCAUGUCCUCGAGGUUGCUAACCAUGAAGUUUAUGCAACGAGCAGCCGCUUCUGGAGUUAGCAGUAACUCAUCCCCUGCUCAAUCACCCCCAGCGUCUCCGUCAGGCCGGAAACGCGCCGAAGAUACAUCUUCUCCAAGCUCAAAGCGACGAAAACUUGCAGAAGUCAUACCCUCCGAACCAUCCAUAGCACUUUCAAAUAACUCUGAUAUAGAAGCAAUAUCAGCUGCAAUUCAAGCCGAGGACAGUAAAAGAUCAGCGGCUAUAGCGCGGCAAGCUGCAGAUGCAGGAGAAACCCAGUGGGUGUUAGAGUAUCCUCCAGGGACUUUGAAAGCUGCAACGCCACGAAAAUCAAUAGGCAAAAUAGAGGAUGAAGAAGAUGAGACUACAUUUACGGGGAGGAAAAGCUAUGGGGGUUUUAAGAAGAAACGUCAAACUGAGACUCCUGAAUUACCGGAAACCCCUAAAUCAGAUUUAAAUACCGGAAGUAAUGCAGAGAAAGCCAGUCUUAGUCGUUCCGCAAAAACGGGCAGAAUAUCAUCAGGAGGAGGCAUCAGCGCCAAUGCCUCAAAUAAAGGGAAGAAUUGGAAGAAUCGGCAAUAA